AUGACCGAGUCCGGAACGCACGUGUCGAUCGAGACAGGGCCGAAUCCGAGACCACUCUCGUCUUGGCCGCUCUCACCAGACCGGAAAUCGCCGAUGCCGCCUUGCUCAUCUUCGACAUCGACUCCACCGGCUGAGAUCGAGGCGACGUUGACACGACUCUCGUCGCACCAGGGCGUUUUGGGAUGUCUGGUGCUCAGCCGUCACGAUGGACUGGUGAUUCGAAGCGGAGGCCAGAUGUUUGAUCCGAGCGGACCAGGUGCAAAACAACGCGCAGAACUGUUAAAGAGCGUCACGAGACUGGUCAAGAGCAGCGUCGAGAGCUUGGCGAGGGAUAUCAAGGCAAUCGACGAUUCGGACGAGCUAGGCUUUCUGCGCGUUAGAACCAAAAAGUACGAAAUCAUGAUCACCCCCAACGACAAGUAUCUGCUCGUUGUUCUGCAGGAUCCCAACACUGGUACCCAGUAG